UAUAAUUUCCAACCCCUUCAGCCUGUUCAAUUUUCAACAAUAUGGAUCUAGACACCACUCGAUUAUUAGGAGCUCCUUCCCCUUCUUCUUCUUCUUCUUUCACCAAUUCAUGGACCCACGAUGUGUUUCUCAGCUUUAGAGGUGAGGACACACGCUACAAUUUCACAGACCAUCUACACAAAAAUUUGGUCCAGAGGGGCAUCAGAACCUUCAUAGAUGAUGAGCUCCCAAGAGGAGAAGAAAUAUCACAAACACUUGUCGAUGCAAUUAAAGGAUCGAGGUGUUCUGUCGUCGUAUUCUCUGAAAAUUAUGCAUCCUCCAAGUGGUGCUUGGAUGAACUUGUUCAUAUCAUUCAGUGUAGAAAAUCAAAGCAACAGAUGGUUUGCCCAGUUUUCUACAAAGUGGAUCCCUCGGAUGUACGGAAUCAAAGAGGUAGUUACGGUGAGGCACUUGCUAACCAUGAACGUAAAUUCGAAGACGAGAAACUUACAAACCAUGAUGAAAGAAAAUUCCAUGACAAUAUGAAGAAGGUGCUGAGAUGGAAGGAGGCUCUUACAAAAGCUGCACACUUGUCUGGGUCGCAUUACUUGGAGGGGUAUGUUUUCUUCUUUUCUGAAUGCGGUAUAUUUCUAUCUUUAAUAUACAUUUAGGAUCCGGAGGCUCUGCUUUAAUUUCAAUUUAUUUC